GGAAAAGCAGAAAAUAGAAACUAAAAAUCUAUCGAAUUUUGUGGAAAUUGUUCUGAUGGAACAACAGAGCCAACACUAACAGCGAAACGUUCUACUUCACCAGCACCGACGAAGGCGAUGGCGACCGAAGUGGUAAAAGGCUGUAGUGAUUUGCUGCAAGAGCUGGAUCGUGCCCGGAGCAACCUCAAAGGCCUGAACGAAAACAUACGCAGAAUUAUCGGCCGCGAUCCAUCCGGCCCGGACCAGUACAACAACGCGCGAAACACCGGCGGUUACAACAACAAUGCAGGUGGUCCGAAUGGAGGAAACAAUGUGGCCGGCGGUGGUUCCGGUUCGUCUUUCGAAACACGGAAAAGACAUUCGGCGGGCUUUGAGCCUUCUGGUGGGCCCGGUGGUGGUGGCGGUGGUGGUCAGCGACGGGAUCAAGAGUGGCGACACUCGGACGGUGGCCAACACCCAGCCAAACGUCGUGCCAUAGGAGAAACAAAGUCCGUGUUCAGUCGUCUCUCGGGGCCACCGAAUCGCGAGCCCGAGUACGAAAAGCCCCGGAUUUUCUCCCGCGUUAUCAAGGAGCAGCCGUCAAAGGAAGAGAUUGUGGCCGCGCAGGGUUCCGACGAGCGGUCCCGUGCCCGAAACCGGCGCAUCUUCGGUUCGCUGCUUGGCACGCUGCAAAAGUUCUCCCAGGAAGAAUCGAAACUCAAGUCCAAAGAGGAAAAGAAGGCCCUCAUCGAGAAAAAGCUCGAAGAGCAGGAAAAGAUCGAGCGGGAGAAUAUGCGCAAGGAAAAACAGUGUCUCUUCACUGACCGCAAGCGGCAACAGCUGGAAAUACGGGCACUGGAGGCGAAGGUGGCCAAGCUGAAGGAUCUGGAGCAGUGGGAAGAUGCCAAGCGCCCGUUGCGAAACUUUAUCCAAACGAAAACUAACCCACCGAUCUUCUACCUUCCCAAGCGAAUGGAUCCUGCCAUGGAGAAGAAUCUCGCAGACUGGCAACAGGAACAUCAAGCCAUGAUGGAUAGCAAACGGCAAGAGGUGAUGGAUAGUGUAGAAGCUAUCGAGGCGCGGUUCAAGGCCGAUGUGAAAAUGCUGGAAGAAAAUGGUGCGCGAAACCGGGCCAAUAAUGCCUCAUUCGAUCGGUCCUCCACUGGGGACCUCACGAAAGAAACGGAAGCCUUCGAGGGAGGCGAUGCAGGUCGAAGCGCCUCCAAGCAUGAUCGAUUGAAUGCCGAGGAGGAAGAGGAUGAUUACGAUCAACAUACUUCGUACCAGUACGAGCACGAGGGGGAAAGUGAAGUUCCGGAGGGUCCAGCUCUUCCUGCUUCCAUGGUUUCGGGGUUUAAGAUUACCAUCCAAAACACGGAACACAAAAAAGAUGUAUCUUCUCAAGAAACUCAGAACGAUCGAGCCGCGACAUCCGAGGUAGGAGAAGUGGAUGCUUCGGAUUCGAUCAUGGACCAUGAUUCGGAUGGUACCAGCAGCAAAGAGGUGCACGUCGACAAAAUGGGCAAAAACAUUCAGAUCACCUUUAGCACGGAAACAAACUGAUCGCCUGACACUAGUUUACAGCAGCUUCCCAACGAAAGGCGAAGCGCGCUCCGACAUUUUUUUUUUUGGUACUAUAAUGAUCCCAUUAUUCACACUUUAGAAUGAACUGUCCCGUAAAUUUCGAAUGCUAUCAUCACUUGGUUGGUAGCAUGGAUGAGUGUAUGUGUGUUUGCAUGCCGUAUCGCCAUGCAGGCCCCAUCAGGCCCCGAGAGUUCAUUAUCAUCAUCAGCAAAGUUCCAGUCAACUUAGGAAAAACAUUCAUGGAUUGUCGUUAUGGAUUGACCAACAGCAUGCCAGCUUCGCAAACAAACACUGUAACGAAACGGUGUUUAGCUAAUAAACUAAUAGGUUUUC